GGGGGACACACAGAACGUGAGGGAGCCAGGAAGAGAGGCUGUGAUCAAGCGGAUGAGGAGAAGGGGACUCCAGUUUGGAUGGGCCCAGCAGUGCCUUAAUGGAGCAUGGGUCAGGUUAUAGGGUUCUCCCACUGCAAGGAAUUCGGAACAGUGAGCUCAACGCCUGACUCCACCCCUUCCUGCUCUGAUGGUGGAAAUGAGGAGUCCGACUUUCCUGAACUGCAGACAGCCAGGGAGUGGUCUGAGGAUGAGGAAGGUCCAGACAUUGAAGAUACGGAUGAAUGUCUCAGCAGCUCUUCCAUAUGGGGCACACCUCGCCAGAACUCGUUCGAGCUCACCUUCUCCUACUUUGCCCUUUCUGAUAGCGACUGCUCACCACGGAGAGACUCAGGGCGGCGAAGGGCCGGAGGAAGAGGCAGCCGAGGUUCGAUAAACCGCACGGAUACCGCAGAAAGUCAGUUACCUCCGGAUUCCCCCGCUGUGGACUGGGACCUCUCUGAGGAAGGGGAGGGAGAUGCGGAGCAGGAGGAUUUGUCUCAGACUUUAGAGCCCUCCGCACAGGACUGGAUAGAGGAGUUUCAAGAGAAAGACUCAGCAACAUGCAAACGAUUGGAGGAGAUCUCAGGCAUCCAGACGCAUAGUUUAAAGUACAGUCAUCCAGAUGAAUCAUCCACAGCAGUACCACAUCCUCAUGGGUCAGAUCCUUCUGUUUCCACGGAAACCACAACCAACCUGCAGACAGUGGACCCAUCGUAUACAACAGCUCCUGCCAUUGGUCGAAAUACUCAGGAAGAACAGAUCUGUGACCUGUGGUACUCUACUCUCAACUUAUCAGAGGGGACAACAGUUUGCUUGGAAAUAGCAGUAAUGGACCUGAUCUACUGGAAGGAUAUGGAGCGCACAGGCGUGGUGUUCACUGGCCUGGUGGUGGGGCUGCUGUCUCUGUUUCAGCUCAGCAUCAUCACUGUGGUGUCCACCCUCUCGCUGGCCAUCAUGUGCUUCACCAUCUCAGUGAGAAUCUACUACAAACUACUGCAUGUGCUCCAGCUGGGAGACAGAGUAAACCCCUUUCAGUCAUAUCUAGAUUUGGACAUCAGUUUAAAAGAAGAGGCUCAGCACUACAUGCAAAAGGCCAUUGUGUUGGCCUGUCAUGCUGUGGACACACUGAGGAACCUCAUCUUUGUAAGCAACCUGUUCAACUCGCUCAAGUUCUUGUUGUUGAUGUACCUGGUGACGUACCUGGGAAACCUCUGUAAUGGCCUGACCCUGCUCAUCAUAAGUGUGAUUGCGGUCUUCUCUGUUCCUCUGGUCUACAGUCGGCAUCAGGAUAAAGUAGACAGCUGCUUUGCAGUGGUACAAGCUCGUAUUGACAACAUGAAGGACUUCUUUCGUCGGCUGGCUCAGGGUGGUGGGCCACCCCCCGACCCCACGCCCGGUGGAGCUAAACCCAAAGCCCAUUGAGACGUCAUAGAAAGAAGAGAGGAGCCACACGCUGUCAAUCAAAAAUGUCUUAAUUAGCAGUUUAAGCUCAGAGUCCCGCCUCCACAGCAGUGAGGGCGGGUCUAAUGAGACCCAUCAUGAAGGACCGUGCAAAGAACAAUCUUGAAAGGUUUGGAAGUCUGAGAAGUUAAAGAGAAGCUGUUUUUAAAGUAUAUUGGCAGUAUGAUAGUCAUUCGUUGGGCUGAUGCUGACCUACAGACCUAAAGAUCACUGAGAGAUACCUGAAGACUUCAGUGAAGAAACGACAAUGAAAAUACUGAGCUUUUUCGAUUCAGAUCGACUUCAGUUUGCCUGCCAAAAACGUAUUAUCGCAGGACGGUUUUCAAAUUUUCACAUACUGACAGUCUCAUAGAUCUUGUGUUUGUGUGUAUGUAUGCGUGGGCAGCCCAAGCCUGUUACAGAACCUAAGAGCUAUUAAAAUGACAAUGUUUCUUUU